AUGGAAGUUGGAAGUGGGAAUGAAGAGCUUAGGCAAGAAGAAGAUACAAGAAGGAUGUUGUUCGACAACUUGACCCCCUCAUGGUCUAACAAUGAUUUAAACGUCCUCUACCAAUCACCAUUGUUUGAUGAGAAAGAUCAUGGAACAGGACCCGAUUGUUCAUUUUAUCUGAAUGAUGAACACUACAAACAUGGUUACUAUCUUGCGGAUGGAAAAUAUCCAUCAUGGGCUGUAUGUGUGAAGGCAUAUCCAUAUCUAGUUACCGACAAAAAGAUACAGUUCAAGGCAGCACAAGUAUCAGCAAGAAAGGAUGUAGAACGUGCUUUUGGGGUCCUUAAAGGACGUUGGGACAUAUUAAAGAUGCCAGCACGAGCUAUGACGGUGAAGACAACAAAAAAUAUAAUGUAUGUGUGUAUUAUACUACACAAUAUGAUAUUAAAACAUGAGGGUGAUGCGAUAUCUCCUGUGUAUCAGCCAGAUCCACCCACCGACAAAGUUGAUGACCAAGAAAUAAUACACUAA